GAAGGAUGAUUACAACUCGGGCUGGGAGUCCAGGACAGAAUCGAGAGGGUAUCGUUGGCAUUGUUUGUAUUAGCCCAUUUCGUGCGUAAAGUACCAAAAGUGAAUAAGUUGAGAGCUGGACAAAUCACUCCAACGAAUUAACGGACUCUUCUUCAGUCAGUCAGAUCCCCGUUUUAUUUCGGACUCCGGCUCUUGGAUUCGCGAGCAGGAUGAUUUGGAGCAAGGCACACACUUCAACAGGUUCUCGUUUAAGUGUAGCCUAAACGUGCGCUUCAUGCGGCCGAGAUGUCGGCACAGGGGAUACUAAACAGUGUUUUUUCCAGCUCAUCACCGGCGGCCAAAGCCUUGUCCAAGAGGCGCUUGCGGCAGACCCGCAGUCUUGACCCUGCCAUCAUUAGAAAUUGCGGCACAGAAGAGCAGAGACCACCCGGACACCUUCCGACCACACUCGGGCUCCCGUCCUCCGAGUGCCUGGACGCGACCAGGCUAGAGCAACGUUUCAAACCGCAAUUUGGCUUUUGCGCGUCGCCCUCGGUCUCCAGCCCGUCCACGCCACAGGACUCGUCGCCAUCCUCUAACUUCCACUUCGACUUCGACUUCAAAGGCGCCAAACGGAAUACCGCGUGGGAUUUGCCGUUCGUCGCUAGGAGUCCCAGCCUCACGCCUGCCAGCAGUACCAGUACCAUAUUUUCCCCAAAGAGAUGGCUCCAGAGGAAAUCUCAGCCAGCGAGUCCCCAAGCUUACGUGGUGUGGAAAUCAGAGGGUGACUUCACCUGGAACAGUCUGUCUGGCCGCAGCGUGCGCCUGAAGCCCGUGGCUGUGCAGAGCCUGUCGGAGCUGGAGAGGGUUCGACUGCAAGAGGUGGCCUACACACGACUACUACAGGACUAUGACCUGGGCUGCCAAAUCACCAUCCCCAAAGAUGGACAGAAGAGGAAGAAGUCCCUGAGAAGGAAGUUGGAUUCGCUAGCCAAAGAGAAGAACAAGGACAAAGAGUGCGCGGCCCAGGCCUUCGCCAUCCCGCUGUCCCAGGUGAUUGCCAACGACCGCGCCCACCGGCAACGUCAGGACGGCCACCGCCAAGAGCUGCCGACCCCCCGUGAGGACCAGCGGGACACCAGCGACCUGGUCUCCUCCAUCCUGCAGUUCGCCACCAAGCGUCCCAAUGCCACCAACGCCGCUAGCAACGCCACCAAGGAGCUGUCCAGCAGUAAUUCGUCACUCAGCUCGACGUCGGAGACGGCCAACGAGUCAUCGCAGCCCAACACGCCGGAAGCGGCACCUCGGGCAAGGAGGAGGGGGGGCAUGUCGGUGGACUCGAUCACGGACCUGGACGACAACCAGUCGCGGCUGCUGGAGGCCCUGCAGCUCUCGCUGCCCACCGACGCGCCCAGCAAGAAGGAGAAGCACCGCGACAAGCGGCUCAGCCUCAACCCCAUCUACAGGCAGGUGCCCCGCGUGGUCGACUGCUGCUGCCAGCACCUGGAGAAGUAUGGUCUACAGACCGUCGGGAUCUUCCGGGUUGGCAGCUCAAAAAAACGUGUGCGGCAGCUACGCGAGGAGUUUGACCGCGGCGUGGAGGUGUUGAUGGAGGAGGAGCAGAGUGUCCAUGACGUGGCGGCCCUCCUCAAGGAGUUCCUGAGGGACAUGCCUGACCCCCUGCUGACCCGGGAGCUCUACACCGCCUUCAUCAACACCAUGCUGUUGGAGCCUGAGGACCAGCAGAUCUGCACCCAGCUGCUGGUGUAUCUGCUGCCCGCCUGCAACAGUGACACUCUGCACCGGCUGCUGGACUUCCUCUCCACCGUGGCACACCAUGCCCAAGACACGCACGACAAGGACGGACAAGAGGUAACGGGCAACAAGAUGACCUCGCAAAACCUGGCCACCAUCUUCGGGCCGAACCUGCUGCACAAGCAGAAGAACUCGGACAAGGAGUUCAGCGUGCAGAGUUCUGCCAGGGCCGAGGAGUCCACUGCCGUCAUCGCCGUGCUGCAGCGCAUGAUCGACGCCUUCGAUGCCCUCUUUAUGGUACCACCGGAGCUGCAGAAUGAGGUUCUGAUGAGUCUACUGGAAACGGACCCUGAUGUGGUGGAUUACUUACUACGCAGGAAAGCAUCACAGAGUCCAGACCUGCUCCGCUCGGAGGCCUCCUUCUCCCUGAGUGAGCGGCGCUCCUCCAGCGACUCCAACAAGGCCUCCCCCUCCAGCGGGGAGCUCUCGCCCUACGACAACAACUCCCCUGUGCUGUGUGACCGCCGCGGAGGAGGAGGAGGUGGUGACAGCCUGGGGAGCUUGGGGAGCCUGGGGAGCCUGGGCAGCUUGGGCAGUGGCGGUGGCGGUGGAGGAGGUGGCAUCGGUGGGGGGUCGGAGAGGCUGUUCCGGGUGCCGGAGCAGUACGCGCUGGUGGGGCAGGUGGCUGGCAGGGCCAGGGAGAGCAGCAGCAGCGGAAACAGCAGCAUGUGGUCACCCACUAAAGACCUAGCUGAUGAGCAAGUCAAUAUCUGGGGUGCCUGGCACUCUACCCUCAAACCUGGCCUGAAGGACCAAACGUGUACAGGUUCCCAUGGCAACGUCUCAGAGGGCAGCUCCCGCAGCUCGCAGGAGGGCAUCGACGCUCAUCACGGCGACUGCCGGCCAAUGCCAACGAGGCAGCGGGCACAGACGCACACGUCGUCCACGGCGACGGCGAGCCCCCGCCUCCAGCAUCAUCAGCAGGCGCCCCAGCAUCAGCAUCAGCACCGUCCGCUGGCGUCACGCUCCUCCGGCAACACGUCGCAGUCCCACUCGGCCUCCAGCAGCUCCGAGGACCUGCCCAGUAACACCAGCGGCAGUUGCCACCACCCCCACCUGCUAAACCACACCUCCUUCGCCAAGCACACCGCCCACCGGAACGACUCCGCCCCCUCCUCGCGGCUGCCCCCUCUGCCAGGCUACGGCGGCCAAUCGUCAGUCCCUGCACCGCCAUCGUCAGUGACAUCGUCGGCAAUGACGUCGUCGGGCGGUAGUUUAGCAGCCUCGGCGCUUCAGCGAAGCCUGCAGCUCAGCGGCGGUCGCUCCGUUAGCACACAGAACUCUUCGUCGUCCACUUCCGCGACGAGAAGCGGCACCACCACGGCUGCUACAGCAGGGGUCUCGGUGGCGGCGACGCAGGGCCCGGGGCCCAGCAGUGCGGACUGGCAGGACUGGCAGAGGGACCGCUGGCACAUUUGGCAGCUGCUGUCCUCGGACAAUGCCGACACACUGCCAGAGACGCUGGUGUGAGGAAUAUAUUUGUGUACAUACCUACUCACUCUCACUCACAGUUCAAUUACUCACACACACACACACACACACACACACACACACACACACACACACACACACACACACACACACACACACACACACACACACACACACACACACGCGCGCACACACAAAUAUACACACACAUAAAGCCACUCUUGCUGCCUCACCAGUGCCAAACGAGUCGAACCAAGCGUGUGUGCCAGCCCUGGAGGUAUUUCUUUUGUUUUGUUGUUCGUGUUCAUGUGUUUUUUGUUUUUUUUGUUUUUUUGCGUUGUCGUCUAUUGGGGUUGGCAUGGUGUCACUAUUGAUGUUGCUAACAUGUCAUCGGGAAGCUUGCGUGGUGUAAUGGUCUUGUUACCGUGGUUGCUUUGCUGAAACUUACCCAUAAUGCAUCAUUGCAACUUUAUGGGUGCAUUCCAAUAGGCAGACUCCUGUCCUCCACUUGUGCUUGUGGCCUCGUGUAGCGAAGGGGACUAGAGUCGCCCAGCUGGGACUCGAACCCAGACCUUCUGGGGUAGUAAACUGGGGCUCUAACUGCUAUACCAAAGAGCCAGGCUCGUUGGUGUGACGGUCAGAACACACCCACAACCCUAGUGAUGGUCACUCCAUCACACUGCCUUCCCCUUCGGGAAGCGCACCCGUGCACUUCACACACUCAUGGUGUCCCUCACGCUACUGCCCAUCAUGCUUCUCCCAUCCAGUGUGCCCCACUAUCAAUGCUUCACCCAUCACUAGGGUCCCCAAUCCUGGAGGUCCCUCACAUGGAAUUACAGCUCACACACAGUGGCCGAUGGCCUCACGGCAGCCAUCCCACUUCUGACACCAUUUGUAGCAAAGGGGACUAGAGUUGCCCAGCUGGGACUCGAACCCAGACCUUCUGGGGUAGUAAACUGGGGCUCUGACGGCUACACCAAAGAGCCAGGCUCGUUGGCAUGACAGUCAGAACACACCCACAACUCUAGUGAUGGUCACUCCAUCACACCUCACAUUUUUUCUGACGGUCCGCUUCUGUGGAGAAAACAAUAAAGUGUUCCCGCUGUCAGCCUAACCACAACAUUUUUUGGGGGGACUGUUUUUCAUUCAUCAUCCCGAUGGCUGAUGAGUGAAUGACGUUAGAAUUGUGCUUUUGCAAGAAAUUGAAUUAAUUUUCUGUCGUCAGUAACAUCAUCAUGAGGUCACAAGCAGGCAAGUGAGCAAGGGAGGAUGGAAGUCCGCAUAUUGGAAUCCACCCUAUGACUUUUUCCUCAGCUGGCAGGUGCAUUGCAGAUGACUGAUCAGGAGCAAAUUCUAGAAGCCCAUGCACACUGGCCGUUUCUCUUCAAAAUGGACCUGAUGAAAGUCUUUACAUAAGUACAUUACGUGACACAUUUAAUCCAAAGCGACUUACAGAUAUUUACAGGGUAUUGGUUACAGUCCCUGGAGCAGUAGGCUACGACGUUAGGUGCCUUGCUCAAGGGCACCUCAGCCAUUGAGCACGGUAGGGAGUGGAAGGGUGGGAUUCGAAGUAACAAUCCUCUGGCCACGGCUCUGGCCACGGCUGGCCAUUUAAGACCAAAUUCUUGUGAAUAAAAGUUAAAGCGAGAUGGUCAGUGUACAGAUGCACCUCUCUAUACACUAUCUGCAUCAUUACCAAAGCCUGGAUGUAUCAAACAUUGAGAGGUCCUGAGUAUGGGGCAAGACCAAGGCAUGAGGUUGUGAGGGAAGGAUUGGAGGGUAGAUACUGAGAUGUUGACCUCAUUGCAUCCAUUUCAUGGAGCAGAUCCCGAUGUUACAAGGCACCCCAAGACAGCAACGACAAAUAACCGCUUCAACAGCACUUACAGUGUAGCACUGACCACGUUAACACAGCCGAUCAUAAAUCCUUUGCCAUGAAUGUCAUGAACGUGUUUUGGUGUGAUGUGACAUUUCAAUGAAGGGUGUGUGUUCUAAAAAUGUCUAAAUGUCAAAAAAACAGAAAACAGAAAUGCCCUGACACAGGUACCUCAGAUGCUAUCACUUAUUCAGCAUGGCUUUCCAUUCUUGUUGUGAAACUGACAGAAAGUUGUGGUAUACGUUAUGGUGCAAACAUAAAAAAAAUGCAUCGCAUUUAGGGACAUCAGCCCUAGUCAAGAUAUGCUCUAGUGCAGGGCUAUUCAAAUGGCGGCCCUGGGGCCAGAUGUGGGCCAUGGGCAGCAAGGCUCUGGCCCCCCACAAGGUCAUAACAAAAUGGAUCCUUUUAGAGAUAGAAGUAUGGGUUCCGUAUUGAGCCGAAACGGGCCAGGAAAUGCAGGAAAUUACAUCUAAGAAAUGCAACAUUUUCUAGGACCCCCAAACCCCCCAUCUCAAUGAAUUGUCCCGUAUUUCUUACAUUGACUGUUGACAACCAUAAUAGGCCUACAUACAUAUGUCAUGUUCGGCCCCUUUGAUGGGAGGAAUUUGAAAAAUUGGCCCUUAGUGACAUUUAAUUGAAUAGCCCUGUUCUAGUGCAUUGUGGCCACCACAGUGAAAUGAUGACAUUUGUGAGUGAGGACCUGCCUUUGUUUGUGUACUCUGAUGCAGUGUUUCCCAACCUUUUUUGUCUUGUGUACCCCCUAAGCAUUUCCGUUGUGCCAUGAGUACCCCCCAAGUCAAGUUCUAUAUCACUUUCUCUGUCCCAAUGUAACUAAGCCACAUACAUUUCUUAAAAUUAUAUUUGUCCAAGUACCCCCUGCAGUGUGCUUGCGUACUCCUAGUGGUACACGUACCCCUGGUUGGGAAACACUGCUCUGAUGCCACAAGUGGAUGACGGAUGACCAGAAACGCUGCUAACACUUGUGUGUCAACAACAGUAUAUCAUAUUUUGUAAUACCUUGGCUGCCAUAUUGUUUUUCCCCAUUGUUUAAACACAGUGUUUUUCUUAGUGAGUUCAUGGGUUGGGCAACAUAACCUGGAUGAUUGAAUCAGAAUCUUGGUAGACAUUUAUGGGUCAGCUUUUACUUUGCUUGAUUUGUUCGGGAAAAGAAAUGGAAGGUUUUGCCAACAGAUGUUAUCGGUUUCCUCUGGCCAAACAAGUGUCAAUCUCAACCAUAGAAGUUACAGUGCACCUCUGUAUACAGCAGAGAUAAUAACUAACACUGUGAAUAUUUAUGUCAUACUGGUAGUGCUUUGCUUUGACUUACUCAUGUACUAAUUCAGACACAAUCACAAUCACUAAAACACAAUCUCUACCUGUUCAUUCUACAACCUAUCGUUUCCUAUAUUCAUUUGGCCUACAAUUGGCUAUGUCCCCUGAUGUCUUUCUGAACAUGAAUUGGCUUCUUCACUAUGCUUUCUGGUACUGGGAUUCGUAAUAUGACCCUCCAUACUUUCCCCUUGAUUUCAGGUUCGUAUUUUAUGAUAUGUCCAUAUGCCCAUUAUUAGUACAAAAAACAAUUGGAUUGCUUCUCCGUUUUUAUACUUCAAAGAGUAAAUCAGUGCAAUUGCAAAGUAACGAUUGAAUUGAAGUGCAUUAGCCUCAUAGAUAUCUAACACAUGGUUUGGAAAGGAACUCUAUGUUGUAGACAUAUUUGGAUGUUAACCACCUCAUGUGAAGGAAGGGAAUCUGAUGCAGUGAUACCAAAAAGGCUAUCUCAGUGGCCUACCCAUCUGAGGAGGAUGAGGCAGAUAUACAAACCAGCCACAGCAUAUCUAAUUGUCUCAUGGCCCUGUCAUGAAAUAAAGUUGUAUAUUCCUCUCAUAUAAUGUUAAACUGUGUUAAAUUCUGGAUUUCAACUGUAGCUUGCUGCAGUGAAGGUUUGCCAUGUUGGCUGUGCAGCACGAGUGUUCUUUUUUUGCUAACAUCACCCCCUUGUGGCUACCAAUGACCACUGAGCAUUUUGACAACAAAAAUUGUCUUAAUUUUAUCUCCAACUAAAUUCACAUAUGUUACCCACAUUAUACGAAAUCGAUACCCUUGACUUAAAGGUACACUGUGUAAGAUGUUUUGUUCUUUAUUUACAGAAUUCAUGCUACCCAUUCAAUAAUGUUAUCUUUUUCAUGAAUACUUACCACCACCAUAAAAUUCUACGUAUUCAUUAUGACUAGGAAAAUUGCACUUUUCAUACAUGAAAAGGGGGAUCUUCUCCAUGGUGCGCCAUUUUGAAUUUCAAAAAAAUGACUAUACUUGGGCCGUACUAGAAAGUAUCAGUUUAUUACUUUCAUGACAAUAAAAAAUUUGCCAAUAGGCACCCCAGUUUCAAUGAGCAGCAUAGUUGCAGUACCUUUUUUGACCAUUUCCUGCACAGUGUACCUUUAAAGCUUAGAUUUUAUGUGACAGAUUACUAUGUCAAAGGCAAAUUGGCACCAAACUAUCAAAUAUGUUCAACAAUCAUUUAAAUUGAAGAAUUACAAAUGCACGGGAUCUCAAUCAUGAGGAUCCUGUGGAGGGAGGAAUAUACUGUACUGCCAAACAUUAUUUAGGGCUGUGCUUCUUGUGCCAAACCUUAUUUCCUAAUCUAAACUAACAUCCAAACAUUCUGACAAUUCAUCCCUUUUAAUAGGACAUGAAGCCUGGUCUAUGGAGUUUAUUAUUGUAUUUUUACUACUAGGCCUACGUAUGUUGAUUAUACAGAUGUGUGCCAAGGUGUAUGGUGAGAAUUACAAUAGACCGAAGAAUCUUACACAGUAAUUAAAGCAAAAAAGUAAUACUUUCAGAUUUGUCACCUGAAAUGAAUGAAUGAACUAGGUUUCGGCUUUGACAUUUUUGCAAGUCCCAGGUCUACUUUUGAAUAUUUUUUUUUCGUAGAGUGAUGCGGAAAUUCAGACUUUAUGAGUAUGGGCAGGCAGAUGGCAUUCUCAAAGGACCUUUACACAUCUAAAUUCACCAACAGAGUCGUUUCACAGUAACUGGCUUCCCAUCAAAAAUUCUAAUUACACUUUUCCCAUUCGUGCAGGAAAAUCAGAAAUGGAGUCUAUUAUUUAGUCUCUUAUCUAGGCCUAUAUGGAAUCAGUCAUUACAGUGAGUGCAUAUACCAUAACAGCACUUGAUCAUAGGACACUUUUGAACACCUCAAUUUGAGUGGGUGCAUUGGAUGUAGCCCAGUUCAAAGUAGUAGAUAUCAUGCACAGGGUCCAAUACACAAAAAAAGUUGUGCGGGGUAGUAUAAUAGCAUUAAGCUAAGGAACAGAAAAACAAAGAUUUUUCAGCGGGGCAGAGUUCAGAGCAUGUUCUCAUCAAACAACUUACAAUGACCCACGUGUUGUGCAUACCCACAUGUUGUAGUUACUUCGGACAUGUCAUUCUCAUUAUCAUCAUUAAAGUGACUCAGUUGUGAGCUAACAACAUCUACCCAGUGGAAUCGGAAACUACCGGACAUGUAACACUAACACUAACUCUCAUGUAGAAUAUUUGCUGCAAAUACUAUUGCAUUUUUAAGUGUUUUCGUCAUAUACCGGUAGAUAUUUGCUGGCAAAUAUAUGAGCUGUGUGUCAGUUGUCUGAGUGGAUUAUGUUUGUUUUAAUCCAUGUGUUGUUUUGAAGAUUUUUUUUCGUCCAUGACUCUUUGCCAAGUGUUGUUGUAGUCUUUUUUGGUAUUCAAAAAUAUGCUUAAAUUCCACUUUUUAAUUUUUUUUACAGGCUGUUGCCACCAAUAUGGGAUAACAUUCCAAAAAAUCUCGAAUGUUUAUUACGUUUUUUUUUCUUUAUUUUUCACCUGGAGAAUCAACAUUGAUGUCAUUGGGUGUCAUAGUAUGUGCCAUAUUGUCUCUUAUAAAAAAGAAAAACAAAAUAUUUGAUACUUAUAAAGCAGUCUUGUGGAAGCUGUUGUACUCUGUGGUCCAAAUGUAAGUUCUAUAUUAUAUUAUCAUUAAUAUUGUUAUGCAGUGUUGUCAAGAAAGAGUUUGUACUCAAAAAAAAUUAUAUAUAUAUAUAUUAAAGAAUUUUUGUACGGUCUGACAGUGCUCUGAGGCUUGCAUCGGUGACGUUCUGUUGUCUUAAUAUGAUGAAUAAAC